AUCUUUGAUUGUGCGACAGGCCGCGGCGCCUCACUCUCACACACAGCUAGAAGAAACACGGUCUGACACGAGAUACCGGAGAUACCGGGAGGUUUAACAGACACGGAACCACCGGACCACCGAGUACCGGCUCCCACAGUACCGGCCGAACAGACCAGGAGCUCCGAACCGGCCAAAGAAGACGGUAAAGACGUGAAAGAGCCGAGAAGUGGAGAGACAGAGAGCAGUUAGCUUCACCGAGCUAACAGGCUACCAGCUAGCUUUUGUAAUCCGCCGGCCAGACACAGAACCAGGCCGAAAUCUGAUCUCAAAGUCAGGCAAGCAGAAAGGACAAAGAAGGCAACACCGCUGGCAGGAGGCUGGUUCUGGGGGCGAGGCCAAAGGACCAGACUCAAUGAGUUUCAUGCGAAAUGUCCGAGAAGUCAGGGCAAAGCACCAAGGCAAAGGAUGGCAAAACAAAGUAUGCAACCCUUAGCCUCUUCAAUACCUACAAGGGCAAAUCUCUGGAAACCCAGAAAACUGCAGUGGCUGCCAGACAUGGGCUCCAAAGUUUGGGCAAAGUUGCUGCCAGCCGGCGCAUGCCCCCUCCGGCCAACCUGCCCAGCCUGAAGGCAGAGAACAAGGGAAACGACCCCAACGUCAACAUCGUCCCCAAAGACGGUAGUGGCUGGGCAUCUCGGCCUGAAGGAGGGGAGGAGAGGCAACAGGAGACGCCCCCACCCCCGAUCAAACCAGUAGUGCUCCCACCACCAGAGCCUUCUAUUGUGGGCAGCCGCUCCUGGGCCAGCAGCAAGCCGACGCAGCCAGACGGUGCUCCUCCUCGGGUGAGCAGCCAUUUUCACCAGGAGUUUCCCAGCUUGCAGGCGGCUGGUGAGGUGGAGAAAGGGGACGGUCAAGAAGAGGAGCCUUAUGGACCAGGCCCCAGCCUCAGACCUCAAAAUGUUGGCAGUUGGCGUGAGGGCGGUGGCAGGAAUUUGAUCACUGCACCCAGCCCCCCCGAGAUGGACAACAGGGCUCUGGAGGAGGGUAGUACGGCCCUUGGUACCUCUACACCAGCAGGGGAAGCUGAUGAGCCUGGACGAAAUGUAACCGCUGACGUCCAGAGGGAGAAGAGGGAUGGCAAGGAGAGGUUGCCCCCCUCGGCCCCGCCUCCUCAGCCUAAACUUAAUGGGGGGCAGCAGCCUCCUGCUGGGGUGCCAACCCACUUCGACCCUGCUUUCAGGAGCAUGAUGCCACCCUACAUGUUCCACGCCUAUCCUCAAAUGACUUUUGGCCCAGGGCAAGGAAACUUAAGAUACCCUGUACCACAAGAUGGAGCAAAGUUGGUCAGGGGUCCUCGUUCAGCACGACCCCAGCAGGCUCCCCCUCAGUCCUGGCACCAGGACCCAGAUAGACCCUCUAUCAUCAGCGCAACAGAACUUAAAGAGCUGGACAACUUAGACACUGAUACUGAUGAGGGCUGGGCAGGAGCUCAGAUGGAGGUGGACUACACUGAGAAACUAAACUUCAGCGAUGACGAGGAGAACCAAGCUGCUAAAGACAAAAGAGAAAACUGGGAAUGGAUGGGUAAAGUGGAGCGUAUAAGAUCUCGACCACCAGACGGUCAGGAGGGCUGGAAGGAGGGCACUGAGGACCGUGGGGGCAGUAAAACCUCAUGGGCCGAUGGUGAUCCCAGAGCGCCAUCACCUGGCAUUAUGGGGCAAUACAAUAAGUCAGCUGCUCCACAGGACUACCAGGGCGGCACUCGUUCUGUUGGUGGCGGAGCUCCACGUGGGCCCAAACCACAGGCUGCAGCGGCACCUGGUGCUGAUGAGGACCCUGAGGCAUGGCGACAGAAGCGCAAGAAGCCUGCAGAAGUUUCUGAAGCUGUAGAACGAGCGAGACGACGGAGAGAUGAAGAGGAACGGCGGAUGGAAGAACAGCGGCUUGCUGCUUGUGCUGAAAAACUUAAACGUCUCAAUGAAAAACACCGCCAGGCAACUGAGAUCCAAUCUGCCCUCGCUCAGACCACCAAUGAUGAAGCAGUAGCUGCCCAAGAGGAAGAGUCCUCAUCAGCUCCGGCUCCUGUAUCCAGUCCUGUUCCGUCGAUCCCAGUUUCACAAUCACCGGUCCCAAUCAUGCAAGCUCCUUUACCUGAGAUGGUGGAUCAAGACGGGGAGGGGAUGGAACGAGAGCUAGUAGAACCAAGUGUAGAGGAGGAGGUUCAAUUGCCUCGUCAGCCCAGCCCCCCCAUCCAGAGACCUGUGUCUGUAGAUCCAGAGCCUCAGAGCGAGGGAGAGAGCUCCUUGGUUGAGGUCAGCCCCCUGAUGGAGGAGAACCAGGUAGACAGGACAACAGUGCCUAUCCGCGACUAUUUCAACAUAGAGGACAACAGAGUGGAUGAGCCCCACCUGUCUCUGCCUCUCAUGGACCCCCCCAGUGGUGAGGAAGUCCCCGUGGCACCACCACAGCUGGAAGGAGAAGCAGCAGCUGCUAUGCGUCCCUCUCUUACCUCAGGCUAUUCCAAACAGUUUCAAAAGUCUUUGCCUCCUCGUUUCCUUAGACAGCAGGAGCAGAUGAAGCAGCAACAAUGGCAACAACAGCAACACCAGAGUGGGGGCUCCGUGUCUCCAUCAGGUGGGGGCGGCGUUCCAGCUCCCCAGCAGCAGCAGCAACAGCAGCAGCAGCAACAACAGCAACAACACCGCUCCAUGUAUCAACCCAUUGGCCCCCAUCACCAGCACCUGGCCUCCAUGGGGUUUGACCCCCGCUGGCUCAUGAUGCAGUCCUACAUGGACCCACGCAUGAUGUCAGGACGCCCUCCCAUGGACAUGCCAACUAACAUUCACCCUGGGAGGAUGCCUCCUAAGCAGAUUGUGCGCAGAGAGCCCGGUGACAACUCAAGCUCCAGCUCUGACUCCUUUGACCAUCUAACCCGACCAAUUCGUGACCAUGGCCUGCCGUCAGACUCGCGGAUGGUAUGGGGGUCGGAGCCGUACCCACAAUCAGAGCCGUUACCGUCUGUAACUCCUCCAAAAGGACGGGAUGAUAACAAGGAGCCGAGGAUGGACUCUGGUUUGGAUCUGGACAGGGGUCUCCCAGCUAUGUAUCCCCAGGACCACAGUGCAUUGGACUCUCAUAAAAGUAACUUCUUCCAGGACCCUACGGAGUCCCUGUCGGCAUUUUCCCAGGGCCCAGAGGAUGCGUCAGGGCCUCUAGACCUGGUCCCUGUAAGCUCAGCCUUUGAUCCUGAGGAGUCAGGCCUACCCAGUGGAGAAGAGGUGGAAGCUCUUGGUCAAGCUAUGCUCCAGAGGAGUGUUUCCCAGGGCUCCAGCCACUCCCUCAAACUGGAUGAGCCCAGGUUUGAUGGGCUAUCCCUGGGAACAAAAUCACUAGAGCUACAGGACACAGGAGAACGGGCUGAUGAUAAGCCCCAGAAUGAACUCUACCCCCAGGCUGCGGUGACUAGCAACCGGGCAACACCUCCUGCUGAUGGAUUACACAAACAAGAGAAGCUGCCUCUGCCAGCCCCUAGCAAGCAGAAAGCUGAGCUGCGCUGGGGUGGAAGAUCAGGAGCCGGACGCAGAGAAGGACCAGGGGGAGAGAGGCCUCUCCGCAGGUCUGGGCCAAUUAAGAAGCCUGUCUUAAGGGACAUGAAAGAAGAGCGAGAGCAAAGAGAAGAGAGAGAGAAGCGUCACGAGAGAGGGGAUAGAGGAGACCGGUCCAAAAAGGAUCAGUCAUCCAAAGCUCCCUCUGCAGCUGCCGCUGUGUCCGAGGGCUCCAGACCUCAGGGCGAGGGGAAGAGAGAAGCCGCUGAGGCCGAGGAAACACCGACUGGCCAUCAGAGAGUCAGAGACUCGCAGCCUUCAUCUGUGGUUCCCAACUCUUCCUCUCAGGAGGAGAAAGCAGACAAACCGCCCAGCAAUGACAAACAUCCAGAACCGAAACUGCCCUUCAGGAAAGAGUCCAAUCUUCCUCCACGUGCCUACCGACGGGAGGAGAGAGAGCGGGAACGUGAGAGGGAGAAGGAAAUGGACAAAGACAGAGACAGAGACAGAGACAGAGACAGAGACAGAGAUAAAGAGUGGCCUUUGGACUCAAAUUUCAAAGGACGUGGUCGAGGGGAGUAUUACGCCAGAGGACGGAGCUACCGGGGGACUUACGGUGGCCGAUGCAGGGGGAGUCGUGGUCGAAGCCGGGCAGAGUACAAUUACCGAGAGCCCCGUUCACGCUCUGAUUUACCUUCUGCUGGAGGUGCUGCUGCCUUUCGCAACAGGGAAGAAAGUGAAACUCGCAGUGAGAGCUCAGACUUUGAAGUUAUACCAAAACGUAGACGGCGCCGCGGUUCAGACACAGAUUCUGAAAGUGAAGGUGGGAGAGAGUCUGCCAGUGACACUGGACCCUCUGACCGUGAGCCUAGCACCAAACCUAGCCGUCCAUUGAGACGAGAGCUCCCUGGGGAGGCCCGGCCUGGGCCCCACAAGCCAGGCUUUGGACCUCCUCACAUGGGAGACAGGGUCGGACCCAGAGGGGACGAUGAAAGCAGACCCAAGCCAGGAUUCCUUCCUAAAGGAGAGCCCUCUCGGCGAGGAAGAGGAGGACUAUACAGUAGACGAGGUGGAGCAAGGGAACGCGGCGGCCCUCGCGCAGGUCCUCUUAGACGGCCAGGAGCUAGAGAGUCCUCUUCUCAGUGGCCCUCUAAACCAAUGGAGACAUUCAGGCCUGAGGACACUGAGUCCAGUCAAAGAUAUGACAAUCCUGCCGCUGACCGACGACCCAAUAGGUCUGAUUGCAAGAAAUUUGGGGACGGGGGACCUCAGAAUAGUAGAGAAAGGCCUCGUCGGUCCAGACCAGCACGACCCCCCAGACAAGAUAAACCUCCCCGCUUUAGGCGAUUGAAGGAGCGGGAGGCUGCAGUGUUAGCUAGUGGAGAAACAGCCCCAAGUCCCCCUGUCCCUCUACUCCCAGUGCCUGCUGCUGCUGUCCCCAGCUCUGCCCCCAUCUCCCUCUCCCCAACCCUGUCCAGAGCUCCAGGAACACCUGUAACUGUGCCUGCGGAAGUGGCAGCCACUAUGCCUGCACCCGACUUGUCCUCUCCUUUAGAAGCAUCCUUGCCUGAGACCAGCAGCCCCACCAUCACUGCAGUCGGUACCAAGUCCCCUGACUUGUCCAACCAGAACUCUUCAGAUCAAGCCAAUGAAGAAUGGGAAACUGCCUCCGAGAGCAGCGACUUCAACGAAAGGCGAGAGCGAGAAGAAAGGAAAGGAGCACUGGAGGCCGCUAAUGAAGCCGCCACUGCCUGUGCCCCGGCACCCGCACCCCCUCAGGGCUCUUUGACCCCCAAUAGAAGCCCUCCUGAUGGAGGGGUGACUCCAAAACGUGAUGGGGCUCCUGCAGCCAAGAGGAGUUUCUCAAGUCAGAGGCCUACAGAGAGACAGAAUCGUAGAGGCAACAGUGGAGCCAAACCAGUCCGGGGCUACGCAGGGGGCAAGGGGGAGAGGAGGGGAGGAGCCAAAGCUGGCCGCAAAGGCCCUGCAGCCCAGCAGAACUCCGAUGGGAUGACACAAUCAACUGGAGGAGCAUCCCAGAGGCCUUCAAAAGACCAGUCUGGCCGUCGCAAAGAUGAGGCCAAACAGGCUGCUAAGAAGCCCAAAGAGAAUGCUCUUUCUCAGUUUGAUCUUAACAACUAUGCCAGUGUUGUGAUCAUUGAUGACCACCCAGAGGUCACCACCACAGAGGACCCACAGUCCAACACCAAUGAUGACGGCUUCACAGAGGUGGUCUCCCGCAAGCAACAAAAACGCCUGCAGGACGAAGAGAAAAGGAAAAAGGAAGAGCAGACUACUCAGAACUGGAGUAAAAAAGGCUCUGGUGAGAAGGGCAGAGGAGGCGGAGGAAAGCUGCCGCCAAGAUUUGCUAAAAAGCAGUCAUCGCAACAACAACAGCAGCAGCAGCAACAACAACAACAGCAGCAGCAACAGCAGCAGCAACAACAACAGCAGCAGCAGCAGCAACAACAGCAGGCCUCACAGUCUCAGCCUCCUGUAACUCCCACACCUCAAGCCCAACAGCAACCCCCUAUUUCUGUUCCCCAGCAUCCCCACCUUCCCCCCUCCCAGCCAGCUGCAUCCCCUCAGACACUGGAAGGAACGGUGGCUCCACUGCCCUCCAUCCCCCCCGUCAUUGUGGACUUUACCUCAAAGAGCCUACCCCCGCCACCUGCACAGACACACAGCACUCUGGGUACAGAACUGUGGGAGAACAAGGUAGCGGGCCCCAUUGUCCUUCCCGAUGUCAAGAAGCUUGGUCCAAUCAGCCCUCCCCAGCCACCUUCUGUGAGUGCCUGGAACAAACCUCUUACCUCCUUUACUGGCACUGUCUCCUCUGAGGGUGUGAAGCUUGGAUCAGAAGGCAGUGUGGAAUUGGCAAUAGACAGUAUUCAGUUUGGAGCGCCGUCAUCUGCAGGCAGCACAGACAGCGACGGAGUUCCAGCGUUGCUAGAAACCGUCUCUGACAACAAACUACCUGCUCCCAAAGAACAGAGACAGAAACAACCUCGAGCUGGCCCAAUCAAAACACAGAAGCUUCCUGAAAUGGAACCAAUGGAAACCAAGGAGUACAAGCCAGGUCCCAUCGGUAAAGAGCGCUCUUUAAAGAACCGCAAGGCCAAAGACGCACGUGGAGGAGAAGGCGAGGGGAUGGAGGGAGGAGUUCCUGGAGGAGGCGUCAGUAGAGCCACAGACUCCAGUCCUCCCACCAGUGACCCCACAGUACCAGAGCUGGGAGGAGACAUCGAGUGCAUGAUCACCGUCCCUUCAGUAGAAUACAACAGUAUCUCUAAGGAGUCCGUCACUGACUACACCACCCCCUCCUCCUCACUGGCUGACAGUGUUCCUACAGGAGUGAACAAAAUAGAAGAGAGUUUGGUGGCAAGUGUGGCGUUACCCCACUCAUUGCCCCUUCCUCGACGAGAGACCCUGCAGCAGAGCUCCAACCUCAGCACCGUCUCCCCUGCUACUGUUGACCUAACACUAAAGAUGGAAUCGGCUCGUAAGGCGUGGGAGAACUCACCAAGUCUGGAGAAGAAUUCUCCGGUCACUUCCUCUUCCUCCCCCAUCACCUCCUGUGCAUCCUCGUACUCCACCUUCUCCUCAGCCUCCAUGCCGCAGAUCCCUGUGGCUUCUGUUACCCCCAGCACCUCACUGUCAGUAGAUGAUGGUCGGCACGCCCCCAGUUUGGAGAAGCAGACAGGAGUGCCAGCACGGGAGCAAAGUUCUGGUACCUAUACAACGUCGGCUCUCAGCACCAAGACCACCACAGCCUCUGACCCCCCUAACAUCUGUAAGGUGAAGCCCCAACAACUGCAGGGUGGAAGUCUGUCCUCGUCCAGCAGUAGCAGUAGUAGCAGCAGCUUCUCUCAGUUGGGCUGUGUGCCUACCCUCCUGCCCCAGCAACAGCAGACCCCACAGGUGUACGUCUCUCAGUCUGCAGCAGGUUCUGCAGCUCAGAUUCCAGCUUUCUACAUGGACACUAGCCACCUCUUCAGUACCCCCCACCCUCGCUUGGCACCUCCCUCCCUGGCUCAGCAGCAAGGCUUCCAGCCCGGCCUCUCGCAGCCAACAGCAGUGCAGCAGAUUCCCAUCCCUAUCUACGCUCCACUGCAAGGUCAGCCACAACAUCAACACCAACAUCAGCAUCAACACCAACACCAACAUCAACACCAACACCAACACACCCACCAGGCUCAGCUGGGACUCAGCACUGGUCCUCCAGUCUCCCAGCCACAGGACCUGUUCAGCUCCUCGCUGCAGCCUUACAGGUCUCAGCAGGCGUUCAUGCAGAGCAGCCUGUCGCAGCCCUCCAUGAUGCUGUCAGGGCCGUCUCUGCACAGCUAUGCCGGCGUGCAGGCAUCUGACCUGGGCAAGCCUCAGUCUAGUCUGGCCUAUCAGCAGGCCUCCUCCCAACAGCACAUUCCCAUUCUGUUUGAGCCGCAGCUCAACCAGCCCUCUGGCAUGGGAGGCUCACAGCUCAUUGACACACACCUGCUGCAGUUGUCUUUGGCUCAGGCUCGACAGGGGAUGAGUCAGCAUUCAAACAUGUACUCGGGGCAGGUGCAACAACACGGCCAGAGUAGCUACUAUAGCAACACUCAGUCGCCCAGUUCUGCGAUGCAACAGGUGACCGUCCCUCUGUCCAGCUCCCAGCUGUCCCUGUCAAACUUUGGCUCGGGUGGAGGUCAGCCCCUCCUGGCGCUGCCUCCCACUCCUCCCCAGGUGCAGCCCCCCAACAUCAACCGACAGCCCCCGGUCUCCAAUCCAUACCGAGGCAUCAUGGGCCCCAACCACAGCAUGAUGCAGCCUCCCACCAGCAAGAUGGACAUGGAUCUGAAACUCUUUGGCAGUGGGAUGGAUGUGAAGCCCGGAACCCCUCCUAUCGGUGCCAGAAGCACCACACCCACCUCCAGCCAUUACAGGGCCAGCUCAACGUCUCCGAGCAGCCAGUCCAGUAAGAUCAACAGCAUGCUGUACCAGAAGCAGUUUCAGGCGAGCUCUGCUGGCAUGAGAAUGACGCAGCACUUCCCCGGCCAGUUCAACCCACAGAUUCUGUCUCAGCCCAACAUCGUCUCUCCUCUGGUUCGACCUCCUCACAUUAACUCGUUCGCUGGAGGUGUCCAGCGCUCUCCCAUGGGCCCUCCGAUGUCACCCAAUAUGGGUGGUGGUCUCAUGCCCCAUCCCCGACCUCAGCACCCGCAGCACAGCCAGCACCCUCAACACCCUCAGCACCCUCAACACCCUCAACACCCUCAGCACCCUCAACACCCUCAACAUCCUCAGCACCCUCAGCACCCUCAGCACCCUCAACACCCUCAACACCCUCAGCACCCUCCCCGAGGACCUCCUGUUCCCUCGCUUGCUCCAAGAGGCACACAGGCCGCUAUGAAGGCUGAACAGGACCUAAAGGCAAAGCAGCGGGCUGAGGUGCUCCAGUCCACUCAUAAGUUCUUCUCAGAUCAGCAACAGCAGCAACUCAAAGCCCCGCAAGUCAGCAAAGUGUCUCGGCUUGAUCAGGUGGUGAAACCCCAACUCGACGCGCCUGCUCCGAACCACCAGGUGAUGGGCGACCGCCCCGAUUCUGACAAACCCCCCAUCUCCACGGCCAAGCCCAUUCGGACUGGCCCCAUAAAACCGCAGGCCAUCAAACCAGAAGAGGGCAAGUAAAGAGCUGGCGAACCUCUUCAGAUGACAAUAUGAAAGGAUGGAAGAGAGGAAGCGUGAAUCUAGCCCCAUUCACUCAGUCACCACCUCAUAUCAGCCCUGGGGGGGACAGUGUGGGGGGAGGAGGAUGAGUCGAUGGUAGUGGUUACUGAGAGUAGGCGCUGUCCUGCGUAUACAUAAUCCUCUUCUUUCUUCCCCUAUCUCGUCCCACUGUAGGUGGCGGCGUUUGAGUUGGAUUCUUCCAUCAUAUUUAGAUGCCGAUAAUAUGGCUGCACAAGUUGUUCCAUAGAGAUCUACUGAGACGGUAGAUAAGAGGAGAGUUGGAAAAAGAGAAAAUUUGAAAUGAGAUUUGCUGCUGAGUUUGCCAUUUUUUUUUUUUUUAUUUUUUUUUUUUAUAUAGCUCUUUGAUUUCUGUAUUUUAUUUUUUCUUUCCCCCCCAAAUAGGAUCACGCAUAUUAUAGGAGAAACCUGUUUUGUUAAUGAAAGAAUGAAUCAGUUUUGUUUUUUGUAGUCGGAACAAUCUUGUUAAGGAGAUGUCAUUUUAGUGAAGCACACUUUUUUGUUGCCCAAUCUCCCGUCAUAACUAAUCCAGCGAUAUGUGCACGUGGAAAUGCACCUCAUUACCACACUCACAUUUCAUCCACGGUUACCGCACAGCAAAUCAGAAAUUCUCGUCAUUUUUUUUGUUUUGUUUUUACCAGAAUGGAAAUGUGAAAAAUACAGCAGUUGAUUGAAAUUAAUGAUUGAUUUAUUGAUUAGUCUGCCUGUGAGCGUUUGCUCCUGCCUUCUGCUCUCAUCUCCUUGCCUGAGAAUUACUGUCGGGAUGUGUGUGUGUCGGGGGUGUGUGUUUGUGGUUCAAACCGGGGGGGGAAAGCUCGUAGCUGGACUCUCCUGUAUAUUUAGCCAAAGGUUAAAGCAGCGCAGAGAUGAUGUCACAGCCUUUAGGAUUUUAGGAGUUUUGAUUGGACGUACAGGAUUACACGGACGAUGUAUGAUCACUACAUACAGCUACUGUCACACACCCCUUACACUGCUUCCUCUCACCCAUCCUUGCUGUCACACAAACACACACCUAUACGCACUUCACUGUAAAGCACCCAGACCUGCUGCUAUUGACUGAUUUCAGUGCCCUUAGCUAGAGUAUAGCUGCAGGAUAGGGCUAUUUAGAGGAAUAGAAACGGUGAGGAGUUGAAACGGUAGAAAACUCUUUUGAGUGUGUGUGUGUACGUCAACCCUCGCGAAGAGUUGGCGAACAAGAACAGGACAGAGAACAAGGAAAAAAAAAGAAGCCUCAAGUUGAGAAGUGUUUGGGCAGAAGGACACUUAUCGUUUAGUUGUCUUUUACCGAUGAGAGCAAUCAGUGCUGUUUUCUGUCUCUGCCUCACCUCCGCUGGCUGUCCCACCCACAAUGCUUUCAUCUCGGGGUUGUGGUGAUGACAAGGGUCCCUUCAGAAAUGUACAGUAGUAUGCACCCUGAGGUGGGGAGGGCGUCCUUACCUCUACCCCUAGCCGGGGGAAGAGUCCUUGCUUUGGAGGAUGGAUGAGGGAGGGAGGGUAAUGAUUUAUUAUUUUUCUUUGUUUUGUUUUUUUUGUUGAACUUGUACAGGGGUUUCAUCGCUGUAUUAAAAUAUGUACGGUCUUAUUUACAUUCUCUUGGUUUGGUUACAGAAACUAAUAAAAUAAUAUACUGUUGAGA